AACUAGAAAGAAACAUCAAACAGAUACUACCAAACUUACUGCUGAGAAUACCAAGCUGAAAGAUAGAGUUACAAAAUUGGAACAAAUGCGGACUCUAGUCACUAUUAAUAACCAAAAUGCAUCUUCUACAAAAGAUAAGAAAUCUAUUAUUACCGAUUCUACACCUGAACCAAUAUACAGCUCAACCCAGCUACAGAAAGAUAUUGUUGAUGAUAAUUUGGCUAGUAGCCUUGAAUUCAUAGAAAUGAUACAUAAAGAAAAUAUUGCACCUACUAUUUCUUAUAAGCGAAAGAAAAAACAAGGCUUAAUUCAGGAAAUAACUGCAGGUAAUAGCCAGGAUGAUACAUCCCCAUUUACCCAAGUUCAUAACUCCAUAUCUCCAGAAUAUGCAACUGAAAUUUUGCUGUCUUCAG